AUGUUUCCUAAGUUAGCAUGUGUCCUCCUCGCCCUCGAGGCAUCUGCGCAAACUUUGACAUCUACUGCCGCUACCUCAACUCUGCCCACACUUCAACCAGACUGGUACUUUAUCCGUGCCGUGGAAACGCCCUAUUACCACAGUUACCUCCAGACCAUCCCAAGCGCCACACCUGGACCUGCCUAUCUAGCUUCUAACACAAAUGCGGGCCAAUUCAAUAUCGUCUCGGGUCAGCUCGUUUACGAUACCGGCAACGAGCAGCUGUACAUGAACGUAGAGGACCCCGCAAACAAAACACAACGAACUUUACAAACUUGGUUUAAUGAAACCGAGAACGCAUACGGGACUUUUGCCUUCCAAGGAGAUGCGAUCACCUGGACGGUAGAGGAUAUUGAUCGGCAGAAUACUGCAGCGUGGUAUGUUUGUGAGGAGGAUAAGCUGUAUAUCAACACAGGGGCUUAUGGCUAUGAAACACCCGAUGGGUGUUAUGAUCAAACUAUCCAUUCAUACGGAGGGUCGACACCAACUGUUUGA